AAAGCUCAGAGCUACCAAACGCAAGUGUUCUCUGCUCGCUCUCGCUCUGGCUCUCUCUAAAUUUCACCAGCAAAGAUAGAGUCGGAUCGAAAGAGGAAGAAGUCUUGUUCGAUCUCGACAGCAGAUCGAAAGGACAAGAACAAGAAGAAGAACAAAAUGUCGUCGUCAUCAUCGUCCUCGGAUAAAGUUAGGGCUUCGCACAUACUGAUCAAGCACCAAGGCUCCCGACGCAAAGCUUCCUGGAAGGAUCCAGAAGGUCGGAUCAUCACCAACACCACCAGAGACGCCGCCGUCUCUCAGCUCAAAUCCCUCCGCGACGACAUCGUCUCCGGCAAAUCCAAGUUCGAUGACGUCGCCUCUCGUUUCUCCGACUGCAGCUCCGCCAAACGCGGCGGCGAUCUCGGUC